AAAGGGUGGGGCGGGGUGCACAGUUGCUAAGGCACGUGCUCCAAGGGGCUGCCAUAAUCCAUCAGCUCCUGCUCAGGGCAUACUGCAUGUGCCCCAGCAGCCUGAGUCACUGUAUCCUGAAAACCCCGUCAAUGACCCAUCUGUGCCUGUGGGUCCCAUGGCUCCUCUUCAAGUGGCAACUGCUGUGGCUGCUGGUCCAGGCGACUCAGCCUCUGGAGUGGACCCAGGACCUGGUCCAGAUGACCUCCAGCCUCCCUUGGCUCUCUGAGCCCUGGUCUUCCCACUCCUCGAACUUCCCACCUGAAUCACCUGACCCGCUCAGACCCCCGGCAGACCCCAGCAGCUUUGAUGACCUGAGGUCUUCUGCUCUCUCCCAGAUGCUGGCCUCGCCUCAAGAGUCCACUGUGAGUUUGCUUCCUUUUCUGGACAUGGAUUCAGCUCAAGGGCUGCCCCUAGAGUCAGAACAGCUUGCUGUUCCAUACCAGUAUUUCAACAGGCUGACUCGACAACAGAGGCUACCAGAGGCCAUUCCCGUGCUAGACGGGGAUCAGGAUCAGCCCCUGGCUCUGCCUCCUCGACUGGAAGGAAAUGCUCACCAGUCAUUGGAAGCACUCGUUCUGCCUCUAGACAGUCAGAGUUCACAAGGAAACAAGUUGAUUGUUUCACCCCUGACCCUGAUCCCCAAGAAAGAUCUAGCUCGGUGUCGACGGCUUCCUAAGGUUGGUGUUGGAACUCCAGACAAAGCAGACAAGCUUCAGGGUCAAAAUCAAGUUUUGCUGGCUGACGAUGGGGUCUAUCCUGGUGGUUUUCCUACAGAAUCCCAGGAGAACACAGGGGAAACUGCACAGCCCUCUGAGCAGGCUGAACCAUCUCAAUUCCUGCUGGAGGGCCAGACUCAAAAUCCAGAGACUCAGGAGCCCAUCCAAUCCUCCUCCCCACAGCAAGAAGAACAAGCUCCGCCUCCACAGCCCAUUGAACCAGAUGAACCUUCUUCACCCCAGCAAGAGGGCCCAGGUGCAGACCUACAGCAGCCCGAGGAAGAAGCAUCUCCAUUGCAGCAGGAGGCCCCCGCUCAGAAUCCAUUUGCUACUGCAGAAGUAGUAGGUCAGGCAUCAGUGUAUCAUGAUCCUAACACUCCAUCCUCACCUCAGAUUGUAGCUCUCCAAGCAAACUUCCCCAGCGUCACACUGAAACCUGCAGACACGGAGCUGACAGAAGCCUCAGGGGCAGGUGAGGAAGUUCAAUCUACUCCAAGCACGGAGCAGGCUCCAGCUCAGCCUCUGGGGCAUCCUGAGGGAGUGGGACUCCCCUCAGCCCAACAAGAGGCCCCAGUGCAGACUCUGGAAUUCCCUGGGAGGGUGGAAUCUUGGACUCAAGAGGGUCUAGCUCAGACUUCAGAUCUCCCUGAGGAGACUGGACCUUUCUCUACCCAAAACAAUGCCACAGCUCAGCCCUCAGAGUAUGCUGAGGAAGUCAGCCCAUCUGUAGGCCAGCAGGGGGCCCCAGCUCAGCCUCCAGGCCUGCCUGUGACCAUUGAAUAUUCCCCAGCAAUCAGGAGCAGCAUGCUCAGCCUUCUGAGUCUCCUGAGAUCAAACCUUCUAGAAGCCAACUGGAAGCCCCAGAGAAGCCUUUGGCACUCCCUGUGGAAGUCAAAUCUCCAGUACAGCAAGAUCCCCGAGCUCAAGCGCUAGAAUCUCCUGAAGAGAAUAUCAUAGCUCACAUCCACAUAUUCAGAAGGGGAUAGACUGGUCUCUAGAUCAGAAUCAAGAUCACCGUUCUAACCUGCCCAACGUUACCAUCAAGCCUGCAGAUGUGGCACUGACCAUAACUCCAGAGCCUACCAUGGAGUGGGACUCUUCUCCAGUGCAGCAGGAGGGCUCUGCUCAGACUCCAGGCCCUCCUGUGGAGACAGAACCCUAUAUUAGUGAUCAGGAGCAGCCCACUCAGUAUGUUGAGUCUUCUGUAGAGAACAAACCCUCUCCAGCCCAGCAGGAGACCCCAUAUCAAACUCUGGGCCCUUCCCUGGAGACAGAAGCUUCUCCAGCCCAGCAGGAACCCCCAGAGCAGACUCCGGUCCCUUCUGCAGAGACAGAACCUUCCCCAUUCCAGCAGGCACCCAGAGCUCACACUGCACGCCCUUCCGUGGAGGCAGAACCUUCUCCCCGUGAACAGGAGCAGAUAGCUCAGUAUGCGGAGGCUCUGGUGGAGACUCAGCCUCCUCCAGGCCCUCCUGUGGAGACAGAGCCUUCUCUCAGAGAACAGCAGCAGAUUGCUCAGUACGCGGAGGCCCUGGUGGAGACUCAAGCUCCUCCAGGCCAGCUGGAGGCCCUAGCUCUGACUCCAGUCCCUCCUAUGGAGACAGAACCUUAUAUCAGUGAGCAGGAGCAACCAAGGCGGCCCUCUGAGUCUUCUGAGGAGGUUGAAUCUUCUGGAAAGAAGACAGAAGUCCCAGCCCAGCCUCCAAGUCCUCAUGAAGUGACCAUUUUAUCUCCCGGUCACUAUCAAGUUCAGCAGUACGACUUGCACAAUGUGACUACUAAACCUCCAGACCUGCAGCUGACCGUAACACCAAAACCUGCAGCAGAAGUGGAAACAUUUCCAGUCAGCCAUCAGGCCACGACAACUCAGGCCUCAGUCCCAGCUCUGCCUCCAAAGCCUCUUGAAGAGGUUGAACCAUUGCCAAUUCAAUCCCCAGAAGUUAUGCAGGAUGAGAAACCCUCUAUGACCCAACAGGAGGAAACAGCUGAAAAUGUACAGACCCCAAGGAGGCUGAGCCUUCUCCAAUCCAUCAGGAAGCCCAAGCUCUGAGGCCCAGGCGCAACUGCCCUGUGCCAAGCUCACCUCCAAAACAGGCAUCCUGAUGAAGCUCCUCAGUGAGCAGCAGGAAGAAAAGAUAGCCAAGAAAGAAUGGGACACAGAGCAGUGGAGGACUGAGACCUAUAUCAAUGAGAGUACAGAAGCCCCGAGUGGACAGAAAGAGCAGGAGUCGAGUAAGGAUCUUACCUAGCCAUAUGGCCUGCUGCCUCUGCCAAUUUAAACAUACUAUCAAGAGUGUCUGCAUGACCAUCAAGCCUGGCAAAUACGACACAUUGGCUUGAAGAAGCAUCUAUAGGGAACCCAAAGGGGGCAUUCAUGAAGAUAUUGCAAGCCUGGAAGAACAACACCAGCAAGCAGCUGACUAUUGAGCCAGAGAACCCAUUAUGUACAGACCCCCGUGGAGGCUGGACCUUCUCCAAUCCAUCAGGAAGCCCAAGCUCACGCCUCAGUGUUCCCUGCGGAGCAUGAGCCUUUGAAAGACCAGGAGGCAGACACAGCUCAGCAGCCAAAGCCCCCGGAAGAGGAUGAGCACUCCCCACUUCCAGGGGUCCCAGCUCAGCCUGAAGAACUGAAGGAACCUUCACCAAGCCAGCAGGGGAUUUCCAUUCCACCUCUAGAGUGCCCCGUAAGUGCUUACCAAUUACCACUCCAACAGGGAAACACAAACCAGCCUUCAGUAAUCUUCCCAGAGAUGAGUGAUGCUAUCCCAAUGAAUAUGACAUUAUUUUCACCUCUUAUUCCGGAAGAAAUACUUAGAACUCAGCAUUUAAGGUUGUCUAAAACCACACCAAAACAUGUGGAUAUUGACCUUACCAGAACCCUAAAGCCCACUCCAGAAGUUUAUCCUUACUGGAGUCAGCAGGAAGGACCUGCCCAGCCUACAGUUCCCACCGAGUGAGUUGAAUUUUCUCCAACCCAGCUUGAGCCUCCUCUUGCCAAGCCUCCGGCACUGCCUGAAAAGAUGGAACUUUCUCAGCUGAGCCUCCAGAGCCCCUCAAGAAUGCAGAACAAGCUCCAGUACAAAAUGUAGCCCCAGCCAAGCCACAAGACUUCCCUAACACUCAAUCGUCUGCAACCCAGCAGGAGCUUCAAACUCAGCAACCAAACCUGACCAAAGUCACAGGUCAACCUUUGGAUGUGGAACUCACCAUAACUACACAACCUGGAAUGGAAGGCGGACUUUCUCCAAUCAUGCAGGAGGCCCCAGUUCAGCUUCCAGGGCCAUCUAAGGGGGGUAUAGCUCAACCCCCAGGAUAUCAGGGGGUGACAGUUCCAACACCAGCUCAGGAUCAAGAUCAGUUUCCAAAAUCACCCCGCAUCA